AUGCUCACCAGCUGGAGGUGGUGUCUACUUGACGUCUCAGUAGUACCAUCCUUUUGUAGUGGUUCUGAUCACCGUCUCCUUCGUGCGAAAAUACGACUUAGCCAAACGAUGGAAAAGAACAUCUGCUAUCGGCAGCGAAGGAGAAAAGAAGUCGUCUACGAUGAUUGCGUACUCGAGGACUCCUUGUCCCAAGGUGACUGGCACAUCGAGGAGGACCCAAACGUGGACUACGAGAUGCUGCUCAGAGGAUUACGAGCCUGCGCUGAACGUGCCUCGAAGCCGCGCACGACAAAUUUGGAUCGGAUUUCGAAGACCACCAAGGAAUUGUUGGAAAGAAGAAGGGCUUUGAGGCUUGAUCCGAAUGCAUCGCACAUUGAGCGGUUAGUAGCAAACACUAGCUGCAGAAAAGGGUUGCAGGAGGGUCUUUUGAAGUACAGGCAGAAGAAGAUUCUAGAAGCAGCACAAAGAAGAACGAGUCUAAAGAAGUGCCGCAGGGAUCUCCGCGAAUAUAAUAUUCCGCUAGCAGCCUUGCUGAGCGAAGACGGGACUCGCACGUCUUCCUCGUCGUGA